AUGGCGGCCAGGCCCGAAUCUGCCCGGGGUCAGGGUCUCGAUGAAGCUCCAUGUGGCUACAGACCCAAGUUUUCAAACUCAACAUUGGUACAAGUUCAUGAACUGUUUGGAGUCCAGGAAGAUCUCUGGACACUACCUUCCCGGGUUUUCCACCCAGCUUUCACCAAGGCCUCCCCUGUUGUGAAGAAUUCCAUCACAAAAAUUCGAUGGCUCUUAACACCCAGCAGUGGAUAUGCCACCAAAACAAGAAUUGGAAUUUGGCGUGGGAAAACUAGCCAAGAACUCAAGGAGGCAGCUUUGGAACCAUCAUUGGAAAAAAUAUUUAAAAUUGAUCAGAUGGGAAGAUGGUUUAUUGCUGGAGGGGCUACUGUUGGCCUUGGAGAUUUGUGCUACUAUGGCUUGGGAAUGUCUAAUGAGAUUGCAGCUAUUGAAAAAGCUGUAAUUCGGCCUCAGUAUGUGAAGGAUAGAAUUCAUUCCACCUAUGUGUACUUAGCAGGAAGUAUUGGCCUAACAGCUUUGUCUGCCCUGGCAGGGAGCAGAACUCCUGCCCUCGAAUUCAUGAUGAGAGGCUCUUGGGUGACAAUUGGUGCAACCUUUGCAGUCAUGAUUGGAGCUGGAAUGCUGGUCCAGUCGAUAUCAUAUGACCAGAGCCCAGGCCCAAAGCAUCUUGCUUGGUUACUACAUUCUGGUGUGAUGGGUGCAGCGGUGCCUCCUCUGACGAUAUUAGGGGGGCCUCUUCUCGUCAGAGCUGCAUGGUACAUGGCUGGUAUUGUGGGAGGCCUCUCCACUGUGGCCAUGUGUGCGCCCAGUGAGAAGUUUUUGAACAUGGGAGCACCCCUGGGCGUGGGCCUGGGUGUCGUCUUUGUGUCCUCGCUAGGAUCUGUGUUUCUUCCACCUACCACUGUGGCUGGCGCUGCUCUGUACCCAGUGGCAAUUUAUGGUGGAUUAGUUCUUUUCAGCACGUUUCUUCUGUAUGAUGCACAGAAGGUAAUCAAGCGUGCAGAAGUAGUACCAGUGUAUGCAGUUCAAAAAUGUGAUCCCGUCAAUUCGAUGCUGGGAAUCUACAUGGAUAUAUUAAACAUAUUUAUGCGAGUUGCCAGUAUUCUAGCAACUGGAGGCAACAGAAAGAAAUGAAGUGACUCAGCUUCUGACUUCCUU